AUGGACUCCGAUCUGUGGGCGUCUCGGGUUGCCGCAGCCAAGAGACAGUAUUCGCUGCAGCAGCAUCAGAACUCUCGAUUAGGUUCGACGCCCCUAUUUUCUUGCGGAUGCGUUAUUUCCUUUGUUUCGCGGGAUAUUUAGCGGAUGAGGCGUUCUCCUUGUCGUUCGAUGUGUGUUCUUUUGCUGGAUUUAUUAUUCUUCUGACUUGUGGCGGUAUUCAUAUUUCCUAGAUCGGUUGAUGUUCGAUGAUUUCGACUUGGAAGAGGACGGCCGGCUUGAUUUUCCCUGUCCGUAUUGCUACGAGGAUCACGACAUCGCUUCUUUGUGCUCCCAUCUUGAGGAAGAGCACGCCUUCGAAUCCAAAGCAACGGUGAGCACGUGCAUCCUCUCUCCCAAAAAUAUUUACCCAUUUAUGCUUGGUGAACGAAAAUCAAUGGCUCGAGACUCUGUCUGUGGCUGCGAUUAAAUCCUAGGUGAUAAUCAUCGGCGAUCGCUUAAGAGCCGUUGAUGUUUUGGAAUGCAAUUUCGGCCGGACCACGUAGUGUCCGGAUUCUCUUGCAUAUCUUUACACUUUUCUUUAUCGUUAUAAAUGAAAGGCUACCUGUUUUGGGUUCAAGGAUGCUGCGUCUGACGGUGGAACCAUGAUUUAUUUAGGAGGAAACGUAAAGGAAUGAUUUUACACGGGGCUCUAAACUUUUACCUCUCUAAAGAAAAAAUACAUAAAUCAUGGAUGCCGCAGCAUCGUAAGAUUCCAACCAUAGGUUUCAAUUGGAAGGGAUAAAAACCAAUAUUGUGCAAAAAAUCCAAAGAGAGAUAAUUUUGGGAAGAGGUGGAACCUCCCCCCCCAGGCCUGUUUGGAUCGGGUCUUCACUUCUGCUGUGGUUGAUUUAGAUGUGUUUAUAAGGUUUUAUCAGGGGAAGUAUUGCUUGCUCUGAUCUUUGUUUGGAACUUCUUGUUCUCGGGGUAUAGUUCCUCCCUCUUGUUUGAGCCAAAGUUGAAGAGCCCUUUUGUCUUCCAUACUAAUUUGAUGCAGGCUAAAGAGAGAAAAAACUUUCUACUGGAUCACUCUGUGCUGGGUUAUGUUUCAAAGUUUCAUAAAUAAGUUUUAAAAAAUGAAAGAUUGAAAUAACGUUUUUAGGAAACUGGUAGAGGGUUAAGCAUAAUAGAGAAUACGAUAUAGGGUAAAGGAUGGCAUAGCACUUUUCCAUCCAUGAGCUCACUUUUCUCUGGCCCUGACCUCUUUAGUGACUAUCUUUGUUGUGCACUUAAUUAGCUGACUGAUCAAGGGCAGCACUUAAUUUGGGUUGUUCUCGGAGCUUUGGAAAUGGUAGAGGAGAGCCAAAUCAUAAGAAACAGGGAAUAUAGGCAAAGGAUGACAACUUCCCUUCACCUCAUGAUGCCCGUUUGAUUUAGUUUAUGGUUUCUGUGAUGGGUAGCGUUGUUUUGCUCAGAAGAUGAUCAUUCAGAAACAGCAUGGCUUCCCCUAUGUAGUCCAUUAUUUUUCUGGUUUUAUAACCCCCCCCCACCUUUGUCCUGCUUUUGUAGAUGGAAACAGGGGAUGGCGCUAUAAUAAUAGGAGAUCAUUGAAGGAAAAACAAAUUAAUUUUAUAUACGGUGGGGGAGGAAUUUUUCUGCAAGAUAUAUGUAGGGAACUAGAGGAAGAGGAAGAAAAAAGAUGAUAAAAGAACCGCAUAGGUGGGCUUUGAGUCAUUAUAAGGCCAGUGAGACCAGGUGGAGGAUAGUAUAUUUCGUGGUAGGUUAGUAUGAGUUCGAACUGUGGAGUUAAUGCAGGGCAUGUGGGAGAAUUGUGAGGCAUUGCGAGUGGGUUUCAUGCAAUCCAGAGGGUAUAGUCCAGUGUGCUGAAUUCUGAUUUCAGUAAUCAAUCAACUUGGCCAAUCUCAGCCACGAAUAUCCACACCCAUUAGAUUCAUUUGAACAUCUUUCACACAAAGCUGUGCUUUUUUUAAUUUAGUUUUAAUUUUUUCGCUCGAUUUCUGUUUUAGCAAAAAUAUUUCAGGCUUUAUUAUCAGGCGGAUAAUCUCUCUUGGUGUCUUUUAUUCGGGUAUAUAGUAGAGAAGAAGAAAAAGUUGCUUCUUCAUGAUUUAAUCGCUGCUUGAGGAUAAUAUUCGAGGAAAAUAAUAGUUUCAGACUCUAUUUCCGUGCUGAUUUUAAUUGAUUUUUGUCCUUACUCUGUAAUCCACUGUGAUAUUGGGUAUUUGACAUUUUGCAUCGGUUUUCAGGUCUGCCCCAUUUGUUCUGUAAAGAUCACGAGGGACAUGCUAAACCAUAUCACAGUCCAACAUGGGCACCUGUUCAAGAUAUCCACUUACUCUUCCAUCUUCCUUGCCAUGAUUUCUUUUAUCCGUAGAUUUUAUUUUUGGUAAAUUAUUCUUUCAAUUUUUUCCUUAACCGAAGAUCACCUACAGAGACGUCGAAGGUUACGUAGAGUUGCCAUGCCUAACAACCAAGUCCUGGCUCGACUGAGUAGGGACCUCCGCGAGGCUCACCUGCAGGUGAUCCUGGGGAAUGGAGGCUAUCAGUCAAGCAGUGCUCACACAUCAAACGCUUCCACAGACUCACUCCUCUCAUCAUUACUGAACCUUCCCCCGCCUGAAUCUGAGGAGCUUCCGAAAUCAACCGUUUCAACUGCAGAGGAUGCUUCCAAACGGGUCCUGACGUCCUCAAAUAGGAAAUCCAGGUGUUCUUUCGACACGUUUAUCACAUUUUAAUAAAGCAUCCCUCCGAUGGAAACUUUUGAAAGUUUUAGAUUGUUGAAGUAUGAUUUCUUGGUAUGGUGUCAUGAAUUAUUUAGAGAUGUAAAACUUUUUGCCUUGCUUGGUGAAAAUGUUCAUUUUCUUGCCUCAUUUGUUGUCUCAUUAUUUUUCUCACCUUUUGAUUAAGGAUCCUCCCCCCCUGAAACAUGUUGCGACAUUACACCAAUAUGAGGUCAUAAAUUAUUUGAAAAUAUGAAAACUAUUACUUGGUGGAGAUUCUUGGGAUCUUGUCCCAUUUGAUAUCCAGGCAUUGUGUUGACAUUAUUCUCACCUUUUGGCAAGGGAUUCCGCUUUCGGAAACGUUUGAAAAUGAGACAAGAUCUGGCAUGUUGAAGUAUGAAGUAUGAUACCUUGAUACGGGGUUAUAAGUCACAUAGAAAUCUGAUAAAUCCUGCUCGGUGAAGAUUUUUGUGUUCUUGUCUCAUCUGAUAUGCUGGUGUUAUUUCACCGUUAUUCAUCUUUCGAUCGAGGAUCCCACUUUCAGAAACUUUUGAGAAGUUUUAGUAUGUUGAAGCGUGAUGGCUUGAUAUGAGGUCCCCCUUUUGGAAAACCUUAGAGAAGUUUCAGCGUUGAAGAUCUUCCAGGUCUUUGAGAAGUUUUGAUACACUUGUUGCUAAUGUAUUUGAACUUCAUUCCAAAGAUUUGGAGCAUUGUUUUCUUCCCAUUAUGUUUCCUUUGGUAGGGGUCGUUCCAUGCGUGAACCCCCAAUCAUAUGCCCGUGGGAAAAUUUUCUAUUAUAGGGAGUAUUUCACUUCUUUAAUUGAUACAUAAAACACUUCAAAAAAAAAAAAACCUUUUUUUUUUUCUUGGGAUCAUCUUAGUCUGAUGAAUCGUGCUUCCCUUGCUAGAAAGAUCCUCACUAGUCAAUCUCUGAAUCUUCACGAACAUGAAUAACCAUGAAGAGAUUAAUCGCAGGAAUUCUUCUGACGGAUUGAUGGCCCGGGGUUUUCUGAUCUCCAACUCUCUGGUUUUUUUUUAUUAGCAGCUUUGAUCCCUCGUUGAGUCACGAAGAGAAGGAGCGGAAGAUCAGGCAGGCUGCCGUCAGGGCAACGUUCGUCCAGGACUUGCUCCUCACUACCCUCUUUGGCGAUUGA